UCAUCACUAGUCCUAGGGAAAGCAUCGACAGUGUAGGGUAUGGACCAGCUGCCUUUCCUGCAUCUUCCAGAUAUGUGCAACUCCCUCUGGAGGUGGAGAUGGAGGCUCUCGGAUAAACUGCCCCCCACAGUCUCUCUGGUCUUGUCAACGAGCUGAAGGUAGCACCUUUGCCACCACAGGAACCUCCAUGUUCUCGUGAGGCACCUGGGUAUUUGUGGGUCCAGGGAGCGAGCAUGCUGCACUAAUGCCCUGAGCUUCCUGUUCCCCAGGAAGGAGGGGGUGGGGGGAGAGGCUUGUGCUUGGGUUCUACUGCAGAGCCUGGAUGUGCCUCCACAUUUGGCCAUGAAGUACAAGGGCACUUGAACUAAUUCUCAGAUAGCCUCAAGUCCCCAGGAGUAUGUCCUUUAGAGUCACUGGAAUUACCAGGGUGUCAUGGGGAGGACAUAUCAUUCCUGGCACAGAAACAGGGCCUGAAGCUGAGCCCAGGCCUCCUGCAAAUCUGUGCAUCUAUUCUGGUACCUCUACUCCUAAAUCUCACCGGUUUAGGGGCCAUAGACCAGGGCUGGGCUCCCAUGGAACUGAGAAAUUUCACUCCUGGUGCACCUGCAUCUCCUUGCUUCUCCCUGUGAUGUUGCUUCAGCUUUCUUGCUGUUGCCUUACCAUGUGGGGCUGUAGUACUGGUGCAUGCAGAUACCUGACACUCAGAGCUGGGGCCUUGAUAGGAGGCUGACUCAUCCCACUGGCAGCCAGAGCUCUGCAACCAGCACUGGUGAGUUUGGAGGUGUGGGAACCCUGACUGCCAUGGGAAACCCACCAUCUCACUGAGGUGAGUGUAGGUGGGGGCCAGGGGUUGAGAGACUCAAGCUCAUAGGAAUCUCAUCGAGAAACCCUCUCUCUCUAGAUGUGAAGCUGCUGGCCUUUCAGGAGAAGCUGUUCAUUUCCUUCAAGGGUUUUGCAUGGCAGAGACACCAUUCACUGGCAGCAGCUAAGGAUUCCUGCUUUCUACAAAGAGAGAACUGCUCUGGGGUGCUGCAGCUAAAAGGAGCCCACUACACUGUGAGGGGGUCGGUGCUGGUGGACAGCCCUGGCUCAGGGGCUGUCCUCUACGUGAAGUCAGCCUGCUCUCCUGGCUAUCAUGGAGUGAACUGCAAAAAACGCUGCCUGCUUUGUCCUGGCUCCCAUCCCUGUAGUCCACUAAGUGGCCGAUGUGAAGAGGGUCUGAGCUGUGUCCGCAGGAUUGGGCCUUCCUGUCUCCAUGGGCUAGUGAGCUCCCGGUGCCCUGGGCAUGCCGGCUGGUGGUACUGGGAUGGACACUGCUACUUUAUGGAGGAAAAAGACACCAAGACGUGGGAAGAAGCCGAAAGAGCCUGCCGCUCCUUUGGAAAAGGUCUGGGACUGCUGACCCUCAACAGCCAGGAGGAAAAGGCCUGGGUUGCAACCAUGGUGCAGAGACACAGCUGGACUGGGCUGAAUGACCUUGAUGGUGAUGGGAAGUGGACAAGUAUGGCUCAGCCCACAGAUCCCAGUGCACCCUGGUUGGUUGGGGUGCUGCUUACUCCCGGAGGCUGUCUGGGCAUUGGGCCCCCUGCCAAUCCAGGCCUUGCUGUGUCCAGUUGUUCAGUUCUCAAGCCCUGGGUCUGUGAAGGGCCAGAAGUUCCCCAUAUCCUCUGUCCGCUGGAUCCUGGGUGGAGGCAGUGGAAUGGCAGCUGCUACUACUGGGAUGCCUCACUGGUCCACACGUGGCAGAAGGCCCUGCAGGUGUGCCGGAGGUUCAGACGCACGGAGUUGCUGUACCUCAACUCCACCCAGGAGAAGGACUGGAUCUGUUCAAAUUUCCAGGGCCCUUUCUGGACAGGCCUUAAUGACCAGACACAUGAAUCUGUAUUUCAGUGGACCACACAAGAUCCCAUCAGCAGGCAACUCACAGAGCACCUGAGAGAUGACCUGGCUGAUGGUGGCCUGAAGGAUUGUGUGUGGCUGGACACAGGGACUGGACUUCUAAGGGACGCACUCUGCGAGGAGAGGAAGCCAUUCAUCUGCAAGUGCAACGAGGCCACCGAAUGGUUUGUGCUGCAGGUCAGUCGUGGUGUGGAAGGAGACCCUGCUUUGCUGCACCCCUCUGCCGAGAGCCUGGAGCAGGCGAAGCAGGAGUGUCUCAGUGAGAGGAGCGCAUGUGCUGCCGUGCUCCAUGCAGGGACUAAAUUCUACCUGCUCAGCAGCCUGAGCAGCACCAGCCCACAGGAAAACUCAACACUCUACGUGCAGACCAUAUGCGCCAAGGGGUACAGCGGCCAGCACUGCCACAGGUACAGCGCCCCUCCAGAGCAACCGGCAUGUGACUGUAGUGGCCGAAUCCGGACAUCGGCCACACGAGUGUGUGGUAUCCCUGUGCAAAGCUGUGUUGACUACUGUCACCGCACAACUGGCCGUGAUGACUGCUCCCUGUGCCUGCCCCUCUGCUCUGACUCCAGCCUUGAAAUCUUGGACCCCAACGAACUGACCAUGCUCUUCAUGGUGAAGUCCCAGUCCAUCAACCUCACUUCAGAAAAUCAGCGCAAUCCAGAAAAUGCAUCUAAAAUCAUCUAUGAUAGCAAAUUCCCAUGAGACAGCACAGCAUGGAGCACUUCAGGUGCUCUGCUCUUUCCAAGGUUCUCCCAUUUGUUUUCUUUCAGCCAGUUUUUGUACUGCAGUUUGUGAGCAAGCAAGGUCAAUGUUGUGGCCCCAACACAGCUGCCUUCACUGUGUUCUGUAUUUGUAGGCUCACCUUUCCUCCCACUUCAUGGCCACUUAGAAUGCAGCUAUUUUGAGUUAGGAGCCCACUGUCAGCUGAUCGGGCCAUGGCUACCACAGGUCCUAGGGAGCUGCUGAAUGAGAUCCUGGAACCCAUCCACUUGGCUUAUGGUGUUGGAUGGCCAGGGAAAGACUAGGAGUGAGGCAGGAGACUUAUCUUCUUCUGCACUAACAGGUCAGAGACCAAACCCUUGAUUAGAGGCACCAGCCAUAGUGCUAUUGUGUAGCUCUGAGGAGCCCUGAGAGUCCAUAAGCUAGGAUGUGCGGCAGGGGGUGGGGUGGAGACUUAGUGUUAAGGAGACUGUAUGUGCUCCAGUGAGAAACAAAAGUCAGUUCUUAACAGGAUCCAAAUACUAUUUUCAGCCUAGACAGCACCCUGCUGUCAAAUCCUGGCCUCCUUGGGAUAGAGAGUGUGCAGAAGGAUGGUGCCUUCCUCUCCUGACACACGCACUCCAGUCUGUACCGUCCAGCUGAGCCUCAGGGGCCCCCACUUGGUUGGUGGAAAGUCCAGAAUCAUAUGCAGCUGGUGCCCCAUGGUGGCGGAGGUGACCCUAAAGAAGAAGGCAGGAAGUGCAUUUCCUCUAGGGGCCUUGCUGAGGGGAGAGAGAGCAAUCCCCUCUAGAGCUGGCACUGUGCCUCUCAGACUUCAGUACUACAGCCGAGUAACACACCUUGCAAAAGCUGGCACAGUGACCCUGGAGAGUCCACAGGCAGAGCCUCACCAUCGCAGCUGGCAGCUUACACAGUACCACCCAGGGACUGGUGAUGCAGCUUGGCCACAAGAGUUUGCACAAUGCCCCAAGAGACUAAUCACAGACCCCAGCCAUCAAAGAUGGCUCAGUGGCCCCCUGAGAGACCAAUGGCACAACAGCCAUCCCUGUCAGAACAGUUCCUCCUUCCCCUGAAACCAGUGGGGACUAGUAUUAUGGCUGGUACUAUGCCCCUCAGAGACCUGUUGUGCAGCCCAAACAAUAACAGCUGCCACAGGGCAAGCGUGGGGUAAAUGGAGAAAGGCAGAACUGAAUGGGAGCAGAGCAAGAGGCUCAGCUUCUGGCUGAGGAAGGCACCAAGAUUUGGGGUGAGGGUGUCCCCCCUGAACUCCAGUGCUUGGCCCAGGCAUCAGGAAUGGAGGUGGGGGAUGUGGAGGGAUCUAGACACAUUUGCUCUGGAGCUGGUCAUGAGCCACUCUGUGGAGUGUGGCUGGGGUGGGCUGGGUUCAUGUUCACCUCCCUGGCACCACUGCACUUCCUGCUGCUGUGAUCUGGUCCAAGCUGGGUUCCCUGAUGCCUGCUGUAGCUCUGUGCCAAGGGGUUAAUGCCGGAGCAGUAGUUGUACCUGGCUGGUAGCUGGGUGGGGGCAGGGGAGCUGUGGCUCUGCACCUUGGCAGCAGAAGCUGCUCUUAGAAAAUAUUUGCUAAGAAAAGUGCAGCUCCACCCUGGAGAAACCACAAUCCAGGGCAAGCAGCGGCCUUUGAGCAGCCAGGUUAAUGUUUGCAGAGUGUAGGUGACGCCGAAGUUUGUGAAAGGGAAUGUGAGCCACUAGCGAAAGCUCCAAGGCGCCUGCUUCCUUGGGAGGAGUUGCACAACCCACCACCCCACUUCUCUGGCCUGAGCAGGCGGCCCAAUGAGGUGGGGGUAGGGGACAUCCAGGAGCCACAACAGGUCUCUAGGGACGCUGCCCUGGUGAGUCUGCCUUCGUGACUGAGUGGGUGGGAGCUAAGUCCUUCCUUCAGUGUCUCAUCUUGUGGGCAUGGCCAGCUUGAGUUGUCGGGGAGCCCUGCUGACCUCUCUCCUCCUCCUGUACCCACUCCUCUGUGCUGCCUGCCCAGCUGUUUGCAGCUGCUCCUCAGGGGAAGUGGACUGCCGUGACCGUGCCUUGCACUUUGUGCCCAGUGGCCUGCCCACCAAUGCCAGCGCAGUGCUACUGGGUUAUAACCGCAUCGCCAGGCUCAAGGCUCACACCUUCCUGCAGCAGGGGUCCUUGCUGUACCUCAGUCUGCAUGGCAAUGUGCUGGUGAGCAUCCACAGCCAGGCGCUUGCAGGGCUUUGGGCACUGCAGGAGCUGGACCUGAGCAACAACUUCCUCGUGGUGCUCACAGCAGAAACCUUCCUGCCACUGCCCAGCCUCACAACACUCAAUGUGGGCAGCAACCAGCUGGCCCAGCUGGCCCCAGAUGUGCCGCGCACCUUGCCCCAACUCCAGGCUCUGUUUCUGCACAACAAUGCUCUACGGUCCCUGGACACUGGCUUCUUUGAGAACCUGCCUGCUGUACGCUUGCUGACACUUGGGGGCAACCCCUGGGCAUGCAGCUGUUCCAUCUGGCCCCUCUUCCUCUGGCUCACCCACAACAGGGACAAGAUCCAAGAGGAGAAUCUGACCGUGUGCCGAUUCCCAGAGCUGCUCAACCAGUUUCCCAUUGCAGCCCUUGACAAUGCCUCCUUCAGCCACUGCCAGGAGAGCCCACUGCAUCCACACGACUAUGCUUUCUUCCUGCUCAUUGGCCCAGCCUCCUUCCUAGGCAGCAUCAUCAUCUGCAUCCUAACUGGCUGCCUGGUUGUGGCGUGCAACAAGCUGAGCAAAGACCCUUACCCUCGGCAAAGAGCCCCACGACCCAGGAUGACACUGCCCCAGCAGUAACUCUGGGAUGGGGCAGGGAAGAGCUGUGGUGAUACAAGACACUGGGCAGGGCAGGGACAUGCCAGGCUGGCACCAGCUUGCAACCAGGGCAGGGAAGUGCAUCCAGCUCCGGGAGGGAUGAGUCGCCAGCGCCCCAGGGUUUAUGAGCUGCGCUCCUCAUGCUGUGGGGCCUUCCCUUCCCUCCCUCCUCAGGCAGGAGCCCAGUUCAUAUCCUCUGUAGCUGCCACCAAGAGCCAGGGGAAUGACAGACCUUGGUGUUCAACACUGUUGCCUGGCAGGCUGGAUGGGCAGUGCCCAGUCCAUCCAUGGGCUGGAUUUAGCCAGUGAUCCCAAUCUGCUGCCCAGGGCAGGUGCAGUGGGGCCCAUCCAGGCAUGCAGAGGGAGGUGGAGGGGAGCUUGGCCCUGAUCCAACCCUAACCAGGCCCUGCAGAGGUGGGGGGAGGGAGCUUGACCUCAACCCACAGAAGGAAGGGGGCAAGUUCCUCUGUGCAGGAACAGGGGGCCUGGGAAUAUGGCAGCAGGGAGAGGUGGCAGUAGUAUUUGCCACUGCUCCCUUGGCACUAAUUUUCCUGACCUGUGGAAAGCCCUGCAGGCCUGAUGCCAUGGCCCUGCAGGCUGCAUUUGGCCUGCCGGCUCGAGGUUGAGUACCCCUUAUCUAGACAGACAAACAGGAACCUCCAUCUCAGGUGGCUGACGAGAGCAGGCCCCUAACCUGUGGCAAGGGUAGAAAGCAGCUCAGGCUCCCAGAGGCCCCAGUCUCUCUGCUUUUGUUCUUAUAUUCAGUCCUGGACAACAGGACUGGGCCAGGGUACCAGCACAUUCACACCCUAGCCACUUGCAGUGAUCCCCAAUACUUAGGACUCCUUGCUCUAGUGUCAGGCAUCCAGGUUGUAGUCAUAUUGGUCUAGAGGCAAAAGGAAUCAGAACUCAUGGCAGAGAUGAUAUCUUUUAUUAAACCAACUAGAUAUUAAAAAAAAAAAAGUAUUUAUUUGCAAGCUUUCCGGCAUAGGCACCCUUCAUCAGGCAUAGGAGACUGCACAGAUUAUAAAAGUUCUCCUAGGAUCUCUCCCUGAUGGAGGGUGCCUGUGCCUGAAAACUUGCAAAUAAAUAUUUUUUGUGCAAGUAUCUAGUUGGUCUAAUAAAAGAUAUCACCUCCUUGCUCCAGUAGCAUUUGGGUAGUUCCUGCAGGCAGAGCACCCAAUGUGUGCUGGGGGAGGGAGUACUGCUCCUGUACUACAGCCACUGCACACAGCAGACAGCCCUGCAGGUGCAAGUCAGCACAGUUGCACUGAAGCAAGGGGAACUGGUGGGGCAGCAGCACAGCACGGAGGAAAUGUACUGUCCUUAGGCACUAUCUCUGACACCCUCCAGCACUGCACACUAACAGAAAUGCUGGCUUAACUCAGGGGGCCCAGCUAUACCGGGCUUAUCCUUCACAGCCUGUGCCUACUUAAAUUCAAUGCCAGCUGUGACGAGUGUCAAGGAGGGAGACAGAUGCAGACAGAUUUCCAAACUGAUCUAAUUAUGCUUGCUUUUAACCUGGAAGUGUUGGAGGAGCAGCAGCUGAAGGAGGAGCUGCAGCUGAACUUGUCCUUAGGCAUGUAACAGAUCGCUUAAUUAUGCUAAUGAAUAAAAGAGGGCAGGAUCUAAAUCUCCAGGAUUGUAGAAUGAUGAUCAAUAGCGUAACUGGGGGGGAGGGGGCAGGACCUAGCCCUGGGUGCCAACUGUGACAGGGUGCCAGAAUCUACCCUGCUCCCAAGAAGACUUUGCUGCUGCAGGGACAGCCCUGCACUGCCUGCCCAGAGCAGCUAGACAGUACAGCCCUGCACCCAGCAGUGUAUCUGUGGGUGGCAAGUGGAAUAGUUUUCCACCCCCCUUUUAAGUUUUGGUCACAGCAGGCACAGCUUGGUGUCCCAUAGUAUAGUUGGGGUGGAAGGAAACAAGCAGGGCAUGAAGCCCAGCUUCAUGGAACCCAGGUCAUAGGGCUGUUGCUACCUGAGUGGAUACUGCUGCAGUCACAGUUUUAGCAGCUGCCUUCAGUGUACAGAGAGCCCAUGCAAUUAAGACUCCCCUACCCUCACCCCCAUGCCUCUGUACCCAGCAAUGGGUUACCCCCUUCUCCCUCCCACCCCUGAAUAAGCUUGCUGUACCUCUGCUGCUAAUGAAUGUAGAUGUCUGAGGUUGCCUGGGCUGUGGCUGACUUGCAGGACUGCCAGAGGCCAGGGAGAUGCCAGGGUUGGGAUGCACUCAUGUGCAGGCAUACAUUCAGUGUGGGCCUGCUCCAGCCAGCUGGCAUGGCACUUCCUUUCAGGGGCCUGGCGCAGUUGGUCAUGUCCUAGGCAUGUCUAGAAAGCUGGAUCAGGUGCAGAUCAACAGUCUGGCUCUGGACCCUUGCACAUGCUUCACAGGCCCUCAAGAUUUUGGGGGCUCCUGCACAGCUCUCCCCUCUGCACGUCUUCUGUCUCUGGCUUUUAGUAAAGACUCUUUGCAAACGACA